GGUGGCAUUACUGGCUCGCGCAGCCUUUACAGUUUGAGUUGAACGGCUGCUGCGCGAGGCAGACGGCUGCAACUGGACUGCCCUUAUCCAAGCUCAGGAUUUCAGUCUGUCGGCUGCACGCUGAACUAGGAGGAGGAGAUGAAGGGGGAGCAUUUGGUCUGGGAUCCUGCAGUUCGUUGCUGGCUUUUACCAGGCAUUUAAACCCGGAACGUAACUUGGCGAGCGAGUGGGGAGGACAGCCGGCCGAUACCAUUUACACCUCGUAAUAUCCCCAAGAACCUUUGUUGCGCUGGAUUAACGAUGUGGAGAUCGUGGACAGCUGCCGUAAAUUUGCAGAUUAAAUAACUUGGAUGGAUCUAUGGUGAAGAUAAUGGUAACAAGAAGAAUGACAAUAUUAAUCGAUUUUGGAUCUAUAGAAAAAUAAAAAUUAAAUGGGCGAGCGACGAUGGAAUAAAAAUAUAAUGGAUGGAUAUUGUAUUACUCAGUACUGUGCGAACAAUAUUUGACAUAAUGCAAAUACUUGUUAGAUCUAUAACUGACAAACAAAAGGAUAACAAAAACUGAAGAAAAUGGCUCAAAUUUCGCUACAGGUGUUUAACUGCACGGAGUAGUAAGAUACAUUGUGGUCUUUUCAGAAGAUAACCAUUCUUAGCCUGAUUUUUUAGGGUUUUUUUUAUAUUUGGCAACUGUUCACCUCUGCAUAUGCAGUAAAGCAUUAAUACCAUCGCAGACAAAGGACAUCAUCACUGCAUACAAAAAUGUCUCAGAGUUUAUUACAAGGAAAGAGAUUUUUCUGUAGGGAGUGGGUUUUCCAUAAACUCCAUUAUUGUCUUCAAGAAAAGAACAGUGGUAAAAUGUUCGGGAUCUCCAAUCCUAAUGGGAAUGGUGGUGUCCCUGGGAAAAAUGUUGGAGGCAUUGGGGGUAUUUUGAUCGUUGGGGGUCCCGGCAGCGGUAAGACAGCACUGUGCACAGAGUUGAUUUGGCCCACUUGCCCGCAGGUAAUGCAGCGGGGAUUGCAUCGCCAGGCACUUGCCUUUCACUUCUGUAAAGCUCAGGAUGCAGACACACUGUGUGUUAGCAACUUCAUACGAAGCCUCGUCUCCCAAAUUCGCAACAGCAGUUUGGUCCAGGGAUAUGAAGAGAAACUGCGAGAACCAGCCAUUCACAGUGUGCUGCAGGCAGGCGAAUGUGACAGAAAUCCUGGAGAAACCUUUAAAAGGUGUGUACUCCUGCCAUUGUUGGGAAUAAAACCACCUUCACAGAAUCUAUUCAUCGUCGUAGACUCUGUUGAUGAAGGCUGCAAUUACACGGAAGGAGAGCAAAGGCAAGCAGGCCUGUCACGGACUAUAGCAGAGCUUCUAGCAAGUCAUCAUGAGUUCUUCCCACCUUGGUUGUUGCUUGUCUGCUCUUCUCGGAAACAAAGUAAAAUGGUGACAAAAAUGUUCACAGGCUUCCGGAAAAUUAGCUUGGAUGAUCUGCGUAAAGCCUACAUUGUAAAGGACGUACAGCAAUAUAUCUUGUAUCGGCUGGACCAGGAAGAAGCAUUAAGACAGCACCUGACAAAAGAAACAGCUGAAAUGUUAAACCAGCUCCAUAUUAAAAGCAGUGGCUGUUUUCUUUAUCUUGAACGUGUCCUUGAUGGAGUGGUGGAAAGCUUUAUAAUGCUGCGAGAGAUUAGGGAUAUUCCAGGAACAUUGAAUGGACUAUAUCUUUGGCUUUGUCAAAGGCUUUUUGUACGAAAACAGUUUGCCAAAGUACAACCUAUUCUAAAUGUAAUUUUGGCUGCCUGUAGGCCAUUAACUACUUUGGAGUUAUAUCAUGCAGUGUGGACAAAAAAUAUAACCAUGACAAUUGAAGAAUUUCAACGGAAAUUAGAUAUUUUAUCAAAAGUUCUUAUAGAUGGCUUGGGAAGCACUAAAAUUCUGUUUCAUUACAGUUUUGCAGAGUGGUUGCUCGAUGUGAAGCACUGCACACAGAAAUAUUUGUGUAAUGCAGCAGAGGGUCACAGAAUGCUUGCCAUGAGUUAUACAUGCCGUGCAAAAGAACUCUCCCAUUUGGAGGUACAGGAGUUUGCACUGCACCUGCUUAAUUCUAACUUGCAGUUAGAGCCACAUCACUUGGCCUUGUGGAUGAUCUGGAAUGGCACACCUGUGAAAGGAGCUUUGUCAACGAUAGUUCCUAAAGAGCAGGAAAUACUGCAACUUUUAGUAAAGGCAGGAGCUCAUGUGAACAGUGACGAUGAUCGCACAUCUUGUAUUGUACGCCAGGCUCUGGAGAGAGAAGAUUCCAUUCGAACUUUACUAGAUAAUGGUGCUUCUGUUAAUCAGAGUGACUCAAAUGGAAGAACAUUAUUGGGUAGUGCAGCCUACAGUGGCAAUUUGGAUGUUGUUAACCUCCUGAUAUCUAGGGAUGCUGAUCUGGAAAUUGAAGAUAAUCAUGGACAGACAGCACUUACACUUGCUGCUAGGCAAGGUCAUACAAAGGUUAUUAAUUGCCUCAUUGGACAUGGUGUUAACAUAAAUCACACUGACCAAGAUGGCUGGACUGCAUUAAGGUCAGCAGCUUGGGGAGGACAUACAGAGGUGGUAUCAGCACUUCUCUAUGCUGGAGCAAAGGUAGAUUGUGCAGAUGCAGACAGUCGAACUGCUCUCAGGGCUGCAGCAUGGGGAGGGCAUGAGGACAUUGUUCUCAAUUUACUCCAACAUGGAGCUGAGGUUAACAAAGCUGAUAAUGAAGGAAGGACUGCACUUAUUGCAGCAGCAUAUAUGGGACAUAGAGAGAUAGUAGAACAUCUGGUGGAUCAUGGUGCAGAGAUCAAUCAUGAAGAUGUGGAUGGUAGAACAGCUCUGUCAGUAGCUGCACUGUGUGUCCCUGCAAGCAAAGGUCAUGCAUCAGUGGUUAGCUUACUGAUUGACCGAGGAGCAGAGGUUGACCACUGUGACAAAGAUGGUAUGACUCCAUUGUUAGUCGCUGCCUAUGAAGGACAUGUGGAUGUUGUUGAUUUGCUUCUUGAAGGAGGGGCAGAUGUGGAUCACACUGAUAACAAUGGUCGUACUCCUCUUCUGGCUGCUGCGUCCAUGGGUCAUGCAUCAGUUGUAAAUACCUUACUGUUUUGGGGUGCAGCUGUUGAUACUAUUGAUAGUGAAGGAAGAACAGUUCUGAGUAUAGCUUCAGCACAAGGAAAUGUAGAAGUGGUGCGUACUCUGCUGGACAGAGGAUUAGAUGAGAAUCAUAGGGAUGAUGCUGGUUGGACUCCAUUACAUAUGGCUGCAUUUGAGGGUCACCGACAAGUAUGCGAAGCACUUAUCGAACAAGGUGCUAGGACUAAUGAGGUGGACAAUGAUGGUCGUAUUCCUUUAAUACUAGCAGGACAGGAGGGCCAUUAUGACUGUGUGCAGGUUAUGCUUGAAAACAAAUCCAAUGUGGAUCAGAGGGGUUACGAUGGUAGAAAUGCAUUACGUGUUGCAUCAUUAGAAAGUCAUCGUGAUAUAGUUGAACUGCUCUUGAGCCAUGGAGCCGAUGUGAAUUACAAGGAUGCUGAUAGCCGCCCAACGUUGUACAUUUUGGCACUUGAAAAUCAACUAGCAAUGGCUGAGUAUUUGCUAGAAAAUGGAGCAAAUGUGGAAAGCACAGAUGCAGAGGGGAGAACUGCUCUUCAUGUCUCCUGUUGGCAAGGGCACUUGGAAAUGGCCCAACUUUUGAUAAACUACCAUGCUGAUGUCAAUUCUGCUGACAAUGAGAAACGAUCAGCUUUGCAAUCUUCUGCAUGGCAGGGGCAUGUGAAGGUUGUGCAGUUGCUAAUUGACCAUGGAGCAUUGGUAGAUCAUACGUGCAACCAAGGUGCUACUGCUCUUUGUAUUGCAGCCCAGGAAGGACAUGUAGAUGUUGUUCAAACAUUACUGGAACACUCAGCGGAUCCAAAUCAUGCAGAUCAAUUUGGACGGACUGCAAUGAGAGUUGCAGCAAAAGGUGGCCAUACACAGAUUAUAAAGUUAUUGGAGAAGUAUGGGGCUUCGAGUCUAAAUGGAUGUAGCCCUUCUCCAGUUCACACAAUGGAACAGGCAACCCCUCAGUCUGUCACUAUGAAAAUGCACUCUUUAACAAUUAAAUCGAAUAGCUCUGGCAGUACUGGUGGAGGUGACCUGCAGUCUGCUAUACGUGGUUUUUCUAAUGGUCCUCAACACCCUUUCAGUUCACCCUCUGAAUCUCCAGAUUCAACAGUUGAUCGACAGAAGUCCUCACUGUCUAAUAAUUCACUGAAGAGCUCUAAAAACUCCUCUCUUCGAACAACAUCAUCCACAGCAACUGCACAGACUGUACCCAUGGACAGUUUCCAUGGUAUGUCAUUCACAGAGCAGAUACAGCAGCAUUCAUUACCACGUAGUCGAAGCAGGCAGUCUAUUGUAAGUCCCUCAUCUACUACACGAUCCAUAGGACAGCAUGCUGGUUCUCCAACUAGUGAGUAUGAAUGGGGACAAAUGAAACCCAAUGUGAGAUCUUCUAAAAGUGGUAAAACUGGACACAUUGAACCUAGCGAAGGUUCCACCAAAAUUGGUUCAUCUGGGAAGAGAUCAGCCCAAAACAAGCAAAACAACUGCCCUCAGCCAAAGGUUUUGGAAUAUGAAAUGACACAACUAGACAAACGAACAGCCAUAAAUAAAAUAAUACAGAAUAAUGCAGUGCCAUUAAAACAAGCACCACUUGAAUCACAAUGUAAGAUACUGAUUCCACACAGUGCACAGGAAACUUCAAGGGCUCAACAACAGUUCUUAAUACAGCAGCAUGGGGAACAAAAGAAAAGAAAUGGAAUAAUGACAAAUCCAAACUAUUUACAAGGGAAUCCUGUUCUCCUGGGCAGGGUUGCAGUUCCAAAGAAUGGACAGGAGAAGGGACAUACUGAAUGUUUGGAAGGUUAUCCAUUAGCAGAGACUGAACUAAGUCUGAAGCAAGCCCUAAAAUUACAGAUUGAGGGGACAGAUCCUAGUUUUAAUUACAAGAAGGAAACACCAUUGUAGCAGAGAAAAUCUAAUGGAGUUCAGUAAAGCGCAGCAGUUAGUUACCAUCAUAUUUUGCUGCUGGGACGGAAAGACACUGAACCAAUUGCAGCCUCAGUGGACCAUCAGCCUGAUUUGAAGAAGUCACCCAAUAUCAGUCUUGAAAGCACAUUCGCUUUGUGAAAGCAGCAGUGGAGAAGUCUUACUACCGCAUAAAUGUUCAAUACAAAAUAACUGUGCCUAAAUUUGAGUCUGUCUUUAAGUAUAGCCAUUUAUACGCUUUAUAUAUUUAUUUGUGUUACUUUGUUAUUUCAUAACAAAAUAGUAAUUACAUCAUGACAACUAUUGCUAUUUUAUGAUGCAUUGAGAAGAAUUCAGCAUGCUGAAAGUGAAGCUAGAAUUUGAUUAAGAUCAAUAGAAUGUUGAUCUAAUCAAGCAAGGCUUUGCUGAUGUCCUCUGAUUAAAGAUGCGAUCUGUGGAUUGUAGCAAAAUACGCAUCAUCUAUGUCUAUGGGUUCAGAUCUGCAUUUAUAGAAUGCGUAUGCAUGGAACUUUUUCCCUGUACCCAUUAAAUUGUUUUGAUAAGAUGACAUUACAGAAUCUUCCGCAUAAAAUUGAAAAUGAUUUGGAAACCCAGUUGGUCUGAUACUUAUUUUGUUUUCUGUUAUUCUGUUAGAUUCAUAAGUACAUACACAAAGGAUGACCUCAGGUCGAGUACAGUUUUUGAAGGGAGAUUUUUUUUCUCUUAAUGUAGGUUGGAUGUACAAAUUAUAGUGGAGUACAAGAGCAUACAUUGAUUUCUGUGUGUGAUUUUCUUUCCUGUUGCAGAUGGGGACAGAAUGCACCCAGCUCUGUAACAUGCUACAGAAAGGCUGGUUGCUUGCUGUACAUAUGUGACGUUUUGUGUAAGUUUAAAAAGGUGUAAGAUAUUGAAGACAUAGAUGGCAGGACAACUGUGGUGUAGUGCAUGGUCAUACUUAGAAAAUGAGCUGAUUCCGAGGCCAAAUCAAUGUAUGUUUUGUAUGAGUAUUAAAUGUAGCCUUUUAUGGGAAAAGUUAGAGAAGCUUGUACUCCAAUACAGUAUUUUUGUCCCUGUGGGACUAUUGUCUGAUCAACAGACUGCAGUUUCAGAUUUUGAAAGUGUUGACUUUGCCUUGCAGGCUUGAUCAUGUUAUUGUAUCCCCAAAUUCUAAACAGAGCCCAGGUAUGAAUAAUAAACACACACAGCUUCAUCAUGAGCAGCAUGUGUGUUUAUUACUCAAAAAAAAUGUACUUGAAGUUUCAAAUUAUACCUAUUACCUUUCUUGUUAAUUAGGUUUUAUAAAUGCCUUCCUUAUUAUCAUUGGCCAGUUGUCAGAUUUAUUCAUAAGGUGCUAAAAUUUUCAGAGAAUAUGACUCAAUUUGGAGCUAUGGACAUUAAUAUUUAGUUUUGAACUCAUUGGAAAUAUGAUUUGUUUAAUGUCCCUGCAAUGCAAAUGCUGUAAAGAGAAAAUUCCCAGAUUGAUGUCAUGAGUAAAUAGUAUGUUGAAUCUGUAUCUCAAAUCACCAUGCGUUGGGUGGAAUGGAUCAGGAGGGUUAGUUCAAAGAGAUAAUUGAAUUACUUGAACGUGAAAGCUUAAAGAGUCAAAAAAUGUUCUUUUGGAUCUGAACUUCUGGUUUAACUGUAUAACCAUCUAUUUGAUUCUACUAAGCUAAAAAUAUCCAAAGUAAUUUGUUGAUUCAGUUGAAAGAAAAGCAGUUUAGGAUUACAAAUGGCCCAUGCGCCCUCCAAACAUGUUCCCUUAUAUUUAACACCAGGCAAGAUUUGAAUUCUGUAUGUUAGUAUUUUUUAAUCAGUUUUGUUUUGCUAUGCAAAUCUAUUUUGUUUAUUCAAAUAGUCACUUAACUGCAUUUCAGUUAGUUAGAUUUACCCUUAAAUCCUUUUUUUUGUAUUUGGUUGUAA